GCACCUCCAAACCGAGCUUAACAGCAACCUCCAUCAUUCCCUUCCCUCAUCUCAGCAUCACACAGUAGCUUGCCUUAACCUCCCGGCUUUCUAGUUUCAGGAAACAAUCCAUACCAAUAACUCCACCAUGGCCGUCUCCGAGGUCGCAGCCGACCUCUUCGGCUUGACAAAACGCCAAGUCGACCGCCUUGUCCCCGUUGAAACCCGCGAAAAGGCUUACGCACAAACCAAGGACUUUGCCUUGGCGCGCCCACUCUUAUUCUCCUUCAUCCUCUCCCUGACAGCCUUCACCCUGAUCCCCCUCCUCCUCUUCAUCUGCUUCACGGGAUCCACCUUCCUGUUCGCCGCCGGCGCAGCCCUGGUCUUCAGCCUGUUCUGGACGGGCGUGGCCCUCGCGAUCCUGGUGCCUACGCUCUUCAUCACCGGCGCCAUCGCCUUUUGCGUGUGGGCCUGGGCCAUCGUCUCCUUCCUCGCCGUCCGCUGGGCCUUUGGCGUGCUGCAGGGCCUCGCUGUCGAUCACGCACCAAAACGGCAAUCACAAUCGUCAUUGUCGCCGGUUCUUACCAUCCCGUCCCCGUCGUCAUGGACCAAGAUUGGCCCCGACGACCAGAUUAAGGGCAGGGAUGAGAAGCGAGGAGGAGAGGCGAGUGCAGAAGCUGGGAUGCCGCCCCACAAGCACGGCUUUGCCUACGAGUCUGUGACUGCUUCCUAGGAGGUGGCGGUCGUGGUUCGCUAUAGUAAUCGGGAAUGAUGGAGACGGUUUGGGUACUUGUUAGUCUGGUUCUAUAGUACUAAUCCCGAGGGAGGAGCGUAUGCUCUGCCGAACAUCAUGGGACAACGUCAUCGUGAUCAGCUUGCUAGCAACAAUGCUGUAGUAUUCAUCGGCCCAGAGCGAAUAAGCUAAGCUAAGCUGGCGCGAACCAUGGUCAUGGCAAAACAGACUCUGAGUCUAUCAGAAAAAACAAGGGGAAAUAUCUUUGCGGUCGCUGU